CCUGCCGAGGAGCCGCUGUCCCGGGCCUGGCCAGUGCGCGUCCGCCUGCUGAACCUGGGCACCGCCGGCCGCCUGGGCACGGGACUGGGCGGGGGCGCUGACCUCGGCCUAGGAGGCCUGGGAUCCCGGAGCCGCCCGCGCCCGCGGGGACCUGCGAGUUGCACGCCCUCCCCGAGCCAGUGCUGCUCGCGGCUACUCGGCGGGGAGAGGCCAGGUGCCCCCCUCUUCCCCUCUCUUCCCUCCCUCCCCCACUCCGGUGCCCGCGGGAGAUCCCGCCCGUCCGCCUCCUCCCGCAGAGGUGUAGCCCGCUGCGGAGCUGACGGCGGCCCCGCAGCCACCCUGUCCAAACUCUCCGGAAGCGGCUGGAGCAGACUCGGCGCUCAGGCCGCCGCAGCUCCCGUGGACCCACUGUUGGACCGGAGGAACCCGCCCUCCUCCCGCGCCCAAACUUGGAGCACUUGACCUUUGGCUGUCGUAGGAGGCAGGCCGGCGGGUGGCUGGACAGCUGCGGCGCCUCGAGGGCAUCUUGCCUGGGGUUCCAGGACUGUCGGCUACACUUCUGGGCUCCCGGCUUUGCUCUGGGAUCCCGAGGUGUCCACAUCAGGCGCAUGUUGACUGAGACCUGGAGUCAUGGAUGUGUGCUCCCGUGUUGCCCUGUGGCUCUUCUGGGGGCUCCUCCUGCAUCACGGCCAGAGCUUCAGCCAUAGUCACAGUGAGAAGGCGACAGGAGCUGGCUCGGGGGCUAGUUCUGAGGAGUCCACUGCAGCAGAGUUUUGCCGGAUUGACAAGCCCCUGUGCCACAGUGAGGAUGAGAAGCUCAGCUUUGAUGCAGUCCGCAGCAUCCACAAGCUGAUGGACGAUGAUGCCAAUGGUGAUGUGGAUGUGGAAGAAAGUGAUGAGUUCCUGAGGGAGGACCUCAAUUACCAUGACCCGACAGUGAAACACAGCACCUUCCAUGGUGAGGAUAAGCUCAUCAGUGUGGAGGACCUGUGGAAGGCGUGGAAGUCUUCAGAAGUGUACAACUGGACCGUGGAUGAGGUGGUGCAGUGGCUGAUCACGUACGUGGAGCUGCCUCAGUAUGAGGAGACCUUCCGGAAGCUGCAGCUCAGUGGCCAUGCCAUGCCGAGGCUCGCUGUGACCAACACCACCAUGACAGGGACUGUGCUGAAGAUGACAGACCGGAGCCAUCGGCAGAAGCUGCAGCUGAAGGCCCUGGACACAGUGCUGUUUGGGCCUCCUCUCUUGACCCGCCAUAAUCACCUCAAGGACUUCAUGCUGGUGGUGUCUAUAGUUAUUGGUGUGGGCGGCUGCUGGUUUGCCUACAUCCAGAACCGGUACUCAAAGGAGCACAUGAAGAAGAUGAUGAAGGAUCUAGAGGGGUUACACCGAGCUGAGCAGAGUCUGCAUGACCUUCAGGAAAGGCUGCACAAGGCCCAAGAGGAGCACCGCACAGUGGAGGUGGAAAAGGUCCAUCUGGAGAAGAAGCUGCGUGAUGAGAUCAACCUUGCCAAGCAGGAAGCCCAGCGGCUGAAGGAGCUGCGGGAGGGUACGGAGAAUGAGCGGAGCCGCCAAAAAUACGCCGAGGAGGAGCUGGAGCAGGUCCGGGAGGCCCUGAGGAAAGCAGAGAAGGAACUGGAGUCACACAGCUCGUGGUACGCUCCAGAGGCCCUUCAGAAGUGGCUGCAGCUGACACACGAGGUGGAGGUGCAGUACUAUAACAUCAAGAAGCAAAACGCCGAGAAGCAGCUGCUGGUGGCCAAGGAGGGGGCUGAGAAGAUAAAAAAGAAGAGAAACACACUCUUCGGCACCUUCCACGUGGCCCACAGCUCUUCUCUGGACGACGUGGAUCACAAAAUCCUAACUGCAAAGCAAGCUCUGAGUGAGGUGACGGCAGCACUGCGGGAGCGCCUGCACCGUUGGCAGCAGAUUGAGAUCCUCUGUGGCUUCCAGAUUGUCAACAACCCCGGCAUCCACUCCCUGGUGGCUGCUCUCAACAUAGACCCCAGCUGGAUGGGCAGUACGCGUCCCAACCCCGCCCACUUCAUCAUGACGGAUGAUGUGGAUGACUUGGAUGAGGAGAUGGUGUCACCCUUGUCCAUGCAAUCUCCCACCCUGCAGUGCAGUGUCCGGCAGCGGCUGACGGAGCCACAGCAUGGCCUGGGAUCUCAGAGGGAUUUGACCCUUUCCGAUUCGGAGUCCUCCCUCCACAUGAGUGACCGCCAGCGUGUGGCCCCCAAGCCUCCUCAGAUGGUCCGUGCUGCAGACGAGGCCCUCGGUGCCAUGACUUCCAAUGGCAGCCACCGGCUGAUUGAGGGGGUCCAUCCCGGGUCUUUGGUGGAGAAACUGCCUGACAGCCCUGCCCUGGCCAAGAAGGCACUCCUGGCGCUGAACCACGGGCUGGACAAGGCCCACAGCCUGAUGGAGCUGAGCCCCUCAGCCCCACCUGGUGGCUCUCCACCUUUGGAUUCUUCCCGUUCUCACAGCUCCAGUUCCCCAGACCCAGACACGCCAUCUCCAGUUGGGGACAGCCGAGCCCUGCAGGCUAGCCGAAAUACACGCAUUCCCCAUCUGGCUGGCAAGAAGGCCGUGGCUGAGGAGGAUAAUGGCUCCAUUGGCGAGGAGACAGACUCCAGCCCAGGCCGGAAGAAGUUCCCCCUCAAAAUCUUUAAGAAGCCUCUUAAGAAGUAGGCAGGAUGAGAGUGGCAGUGGCGGGACAGCUUGUCCUUCCCUGGUCUUCUGCCUCCCCUUCCUCCCCGUCCAAGACACCUGGCCCCUCGAGUGGGGGCCUGGGAGGGGCCGGCCCAGGGGCCUGGGCACUGUACAUACCUGCCCCCCUCGUCCUUGGGUCCUUCAACAUUAUUUAUUAACUGACCACCAUGGCCUGCCUGCCCUGCCUUUCUCCCCGCCAUGGGCUGCGGCUGCCACCCCGUCUCUACUUCAGUGCAUGUCUUAGUUGCUGUCCCCUCAGCUCCCACCUCCACCUCUGGGGUCCAGCUUCUGUCUCUGCUGUCCCAGUUUUGAAGUUUGGUUUCUUGUUUCUCUGUUUCCUGCUUUCAGGCUCCUCCCUCCCACCACUCCCCAACUUCCCCUAGCAGCUAGGCGGGGGAGGAUAGGAGUAACUUCCGACAUCUGUGCCUCAGACCUGUUCCACCCCACCCACGAUGGUUCUGUUUACCUCAGACUGGGGCUGAGGGCCUAAUAUUUGAGGUUUGUUCUUUGUUGAGUGUGGUGGGUCAGAAGGAAACUGGGCCUGGAGCUCGCUUGAGCCUCCAGGGGUUCAUGGGGGACUGGAACACAUUCCUAGAGAACAAGCUACUAGAGAAUUUUGAAGAGAGGCUAGGCUAGGAGUUAGGUCGAGAGAGACUCCUCUUAGUUGGGGGAUGAGUAGACGCCAGAGUUGUGGGCUACAGGGCAGUCACCUUUUCUCUCUCCUCUCACCUACACCUGCCUCUUUCUUAACCUUGCUCCCCCACACUGCAGGAAGGUUUGACUAUAAGAGGUGCUGCCCAAGUGCUCCCCAAGCAUCAGUACUCCUGGAGCUCAGACAAAUGGCUUCCCUGGCCAUGGGAGCCUCAGCCAUGAUACAGGGCUCUAAUGGGGCCCUGGAGCUGUUGGGCAGGAUAUUGUUGCAUUUGAACCAAAAAACAUUUUUAAAUUGAGAAAAGAAAUCUCCUGAAUUUCCCAAGUGCCUGCACCACAUACUCCCCUUGUCAGACCCCAUUUUCAUGUUACUGCAUAGCUUGGGCCAGAGGCUCAAAAAGGACACAGCUGGUUUAGGGAAGGGGGUGGCUGAGGAAGACAGUAUAGGUGAAGGCAGCUGUCUUCCCCCCUCUUCCCCCACACCCUCCCCACCCUCCAGACAACUCUCUCCCUUUCCUGUUUUUGCUAUGGCUGUAAAGGUAUUUUCCUUUUGCCCCACUCCUUCCCAUGCCUUUACUCUGGGAUCCUCUUUUGGGCCUGGGGUGCAGGCACCUGGGGCUGGUCUUAGGAGGGUGCUAGGCUGCAGACUGCCUCAUACCCCCUGGACACCCUCACAUGGUUUUUCUGUGUUAUUUCAUAAGACUCUUUGAAGUCCAAUAAAGCAUGUAGGAGAUUUUAACCUC